AUGGCGUCGGCGUCGCGCGCGCUCCGCCUCUCUAGGCUCUCCGCGCCCCUCCGCGGCGGCGGCGUCUCCUCCCGUCCCCUCCGCCCCCUCGCCGCCGGGGCGGGGAGCCUCCUCCCGUCGGCGCAGCGCCCAUCCCCGUCCGCGCCCGCCACCAGGCUCUUCGCGACUCAGGCCGCCACGUCCUCGCUGCGGGACUCGUCGCCAAACUGGAACAACCGCCCGCCCAAGGAGACGAUCCUCCUCGACGGCUGCGACUUCGAGCACUGGCUCGUCGUCAUGGACCCGCCCUCCGGCGAUCCCGCGAACCCCGACGCCACUCGCGACGAAAUCAUCGGCAAGUACAUCGAGACCCUCGCCAAGGUCGUUGGAAGUGAGGAAGAAGCAAGGCAAAAGAUAUAUUCUGUGUCAACUCGUCAUUACUUUGCUUUCGGUGCACUUGUAUCUGAGGAGCUAUCCUACAAAAUCAAGGAGUUGUCCAAUGUUCGCUGGGUUCUUCCUGAUUCAUACCUGGAUGUCAAAAACAAGGACUAUGGAGGGGAACCUUUUAUAAAUGGACAAGCUGUUCCUUAUGACCCUAAGUACCAUGAGGAGUGGGUGAGAAACAACGAACGUGCCAAAGUAAGACACCGUGGUAGGCCUCGUAACUCUGAUAGAUCAAGGGACAGCUCUGAUAGGAGAAGGGAGAACACGCAGAACUUCCGGAACAGGAAUGUGCCACCUGGGCAGGGAUUUAACAGCCCCCCUCCAGGGCAGAACCCGAUGCCACCUCGUGAUGCUCUUCCAAUGCACCAUGCUCAGGGGAACAUGACACCACCUCGACCGCCAAAUGCUGGCGCUCCGCCAUCUUACCAACCCCAUGCUCCAAACUGUCAGCAAGGUGGUGCUCCUGGUUACCAAGGUGGACUGCCUGGACACCAAGGUAGCCAUGGUGGCCCAGGCCCUUCUUACCACAGCAACAACCCUGGAUAUCAAGGUGGAGGGCCAGGCUACCAGGGAAGCAACCCCCCUCCUCCUUUCCAAGGUGGCGACCAGCCCCCUUACCAGGGCAGCAACCCGCCGCGCCAUUACCAAGGUGGCGGCCAUCCUCAUUACCAAGGUGGCAGCCCUAGCAAUGGCGGUCUAUGA